AGGAGGGAUGGCUGGGGCUCGGAAGCCGUCGCAGGCUGAUAAGGAGAUCGAGUCUGGGCUGGUGCGGGAUUUUGAGAUCGCUCUGUCCGGGAUCGGCCAGGAGCUGGAACCGGGGCCCUUCAGCACGAAUGAUGUCGUUGCAUUGUCCAAGCUUAAACAAGAGUCAGAGCUGCCACCUGAUGAUGCAAAUAAAAUGCCCUUUCAGUAUGUGCUUUGUGCUGCUACCUCUCCCGCAGUCAAGCUCCACGAUGAAACGCUCACCUAUCUCAAGCAAGGGCAGUCUUAUGAGAUCCGAAUGCUGGACAAUAGGAAAGGGGGGGAACCCGCAGAGAUCAGUGGCGGGCUCGUGAAGAGUAUGUUUCGGUUGCUGUUCCAUGAUAGGGGACUGCAGUACUCUGAGCAGCAGCAGCAGUUUGAGAGCUGGGGAUGGAACAAACCAGGGGACAGAAUCCUUGAUAUAGACCUGGCAAUGUCCGUGGGUAUAACCGACCCUUGGGCAAAUCCAACUCAGCUGAAUACUGUGGAAUUCCUGUGGGACCCUGCUGCAAAGAGCACAUCCGUGUUCAUUCAGGUGCACUGCACCAGUACCGAAUUCGAUGUAAAACAACCUGGGGGAGAAAAGGAAGUAGCAUUCCGACUUCAAAUUGACACUUUCAAGAAGAAUGAGAAUGGAGAAUACACUGAAUACUUGCAUUCAGGCAGCUGUCAGAUCAAGGUUUUCAAAUCUGAUGAAGCAGACGAGAAGCAAAAAAUAGACAGGGAGAAAAUGGAGAAGAAAAGCCCUAGUGAAAAGGAAGAGUACCAACCUUCCCGUGAGACAACUCUAUUCACAAAAUGUGCUCCAUGGGUUGAGAUGCCACAUGCCAACAAUUCCCCAUCACCUGGCUUUAACAGUUCCCAUAGCAGUUUUUCCACCGGAGAAGAGAAUGGUUCACCAAACCACCACCCAGAACCAUCUCUUCCAGUUGCAGAUAAACUUCUGCCAACCACUAGCCCCCAGGAAGCUCAACAGUGGCUACAGCGCAACCGAUUCUCUGCCUUCUCUGAGCUUCUCUCAAAUUUCUCUGGUGCAGAUUUGUUGAAGUUAACCAAACAUGAUUUUAUCCAAAUCUGUGGCCCUGCUGAUGGAAUCCGAUUCUUUAAUACCAUAAAAGAGCGACUGGUGAGGCCCAGGCUGACAAUUUACCUUUGUCACAAAUCCUUCCAGUUGAAUGAGCAACAGCAGCAGAGAAAUGAGAAUGGAGAGUCAAAUGCUGUUCUGUCGGUGUACCGUGCUGUCUACCUGGAAGAACUGACAACUGUUGAGCUGAUAGAGAAAAUCGCCCAGCUUCUCGGUAUUUCUCCUUCUCAGAUCACUGAGAUGUACAAAUUGGGGCCAAAAGGAAUCCAUGUGCUUGUUAGUAAUCAGGUGAUCCGCAACUUUGAGGAGGAAGCUUGUUUUCUUCUGAACACAACAAAAGCUGAAACCAAUGACAACUAUUGUAUCAUCCUGGAAUAAAAGGGGAACAGCCUGUGCUGGGUAGCUGCGGCUUCCUUCUCCCCUUGGACACUCCUCCUCUUGCAGAGGGAUAUGGACAGAAAGUUGGAGGUCUGCAGGAGCCUGACUGAUGGAGAGUGGGAGGUGGAGUGAUGCUACUCUGUGGAGAUGUAUGCCCAGCUGUCCAUUCCUUGUCCCAACCCUUUUGCCACAUCCUGUCCUGCAUGCUCUUCUGCAGCUGUCUUCUAGUUACAAGUUCUGGACUGUGUUGUUGUUGUUGAAUAUUGAUAGAAACUUGUCACAUCAUUUAAAUUUAUGACAUAAUUAUUAUAGGAAUUGUGUUUUGUUUAUUGUAUGAUAAUCUGAAUAAUGUUUGUCUAAUAUAUAAAUAAGAGUGAAUCUCUAUAUUCUAUAGAUUACCCAUCAACCAAGUCCCCCAUGACAUACCUGCAGUGUCUGUUUUCACUGCAGUGUAUUUGUCCCUGGAAGUCAGAAUGGUGGGGCGGGGGGAAAUUUCCCCCCAUUUACUGUAUAUCCUACUAUUACCCUCUUGAUACUACAUGGUGAUCCUUCAUUGCUUUGGGGAAAUGUGAGUUUACAUGGAACAUCAAGGAAACAGCUGCCAAAAGUGCCCCACUAGUAGGGUUAGAGAUGUGAAAAAUGAAAUAUAAGUGCUCACUUGCUUUUCUCUUCCUCAUUCUUUUUUUUUUUUUUUUGCCAGUGGAGGGGUUGUGGGGAGGGCACUGUUACACAAUAAAGUUGGCAGGGUUUGAGCACUAACUUGCCAAAGUUCAUUUUUCCCAGUGACGUUUUCAGGCCUUUUUUUUAAUGUAUAGGAUUUUAUUCCCUUUCUAUCCUGUGUCCUCAUUCCUAGUAUAAGAGGCCCUUUUGUUUAUGUAGUGUUCUUGACUGAGUACUUUUUGAGGGAGUUUUUCUCAUGUGAGUAGAAGGAGUCCCAGACUAGGAAUCAAAACUGGGGUUCUCAUCCUUAACUCUGCAUUAAUUCAGUGUGAUCCUGGAAAACUUAAUUGUUUUGGGCUUCUCCUCAUCUAUAAAGUAAAGAAUGUGAAUAAGGUAUCUCCAAAAGCCUUUUUAGCUCUAAAAUCUAGAAUUCUGUGGUCCUAUUUGUAUUCAUACCCUUUCCAUGUGUUUUUGUUCUACUUAAAAAUUAUUGUGUCUGUAACUAUGGGUAUUUCUUUCUUGUUGUAUAUGUAGAUUGCUAAAAUUCCCUUUACAGAUUGAGUUAGGACUGAAGAAGACAAUGUUAAAAAAUUCUGUAUGAGUAUGUGUUUUGAUUGUUAUAAAGCAUUUGAAAAAUAUAAUUGUAUGUAUAUAAAGAAAUUUUUGUCCAUUAAAGUUAUCCUGCAAUGCAA